GGGAGGGGGCAUGGGCGCCCGCCGCGCCCGCCGCCGCCCAUCGCAGGCGCCCCGGGCCCCGGGCGCGGCGGGCAGCGGCCGCUGAGGGGGCGCCGGCUGCCAACUUCGCGCGGACCGGCGGCCGGCGGCGGGCGGCAUGAAGACGAGCCGCCGCGGCCGGGCGCUCGUGGCCGUGGCCCUGAACCUGCUGGCGCUGCUGGCCGCCACCACCGCCUUCCUCACCACGCACUGGUGCCAGGGCGCGCGGCGGGUGCCCAGGCCGGGCUGCGGCCAGGACGGGCGCGCCGGCUGCCCCGACGCGGGCGCCAACGCCACGGCCAACGCCACGGCCGCCCCCGCCGCCCCGGCCAGCGGCGCCCCCGGCGGCGAGCGCUACAGCUGGGAGGCGGGCGACGAGCGCUUCCUGCUCCGGCGCUUCCACACCGGCAUCUGGUACUCGUGCGAGGAGCGGCCCGGCGGGCGCGGUGAGACGUGCCGCAGCUUCAUCGACCUGGCCCCAGCCUCGGAGAAAGGCGUCCUGUGGCUGUCGGUGGUGUCCGAGGUGCUGUACAUCCUCCUGCUGGUGGUCGGCUUCAGCCUCAUGUGUCUCGAGCUCUUCCACUCCAGCAGCGUCAUCGACGGGCUCAAGCUCAACGCCUUCGCGGCCGUGUUCACGGUGCUCUCAGGCCUCCUGGGAAUGGUCGCCCACAUGAUGUACACGCAGGUGUUCCAGGUCACCGUGAGCCUCGGCCCCGAAGACUGGAGGCCCCACUCCUGGGACUACGGGUGGUCCUUCUGCCUGGCGUGGGGCUCCUUCACCUGCUGCAUGGCCGCCUCCGUGACCACGCUCAACUCCUACACCAAGACGGUCAUCGAGUUCCGCCACAAGCGCAAGGUGUUUGAGCAGGGCUACCGGGAGGAGCCGACCUUCACCGAGCCCGAGGCCAUCAAGUACUUCCGGGAGAGGACACCAGCCCCAGGUGGGCGACUCCUGGCCGCGGAGCUCUGCACACGAGGCCGCAGAGCUGAGCCGCCAGUGCUGGGUCCUGGGGCACUGGGUGUGACCGCGGCCCGCCGGCCAGACCCGCCACGUCGGCACCAGCCCCGCAGGCCGUGCGUCUGGCCCCACCGAACCCUGGCCUGUGCGCUCCGAACCAGCCAGCCUGCACGGGGACACCGGCCGGCCCAGCCGUGGGCCUGCGGGGUGCACAGGGCUGCUGCACAGGGCGCCUUCCGGACAGCAACCUCUCUCUCUUGCCACAGGAGAGCCCUGUGGGUACAGCCGGGUGCCAGGAAAAACCGGACAUCGGCCCUUGGGAGCCUGGGGUCCCAGAGCCAGCUAGGCAGUUCAGGAGGUGCCCAGCGGCCCUACCUGUAGGGGGGCGGGGCAUGGCACUGAGGGGGCACACAGCAGGCACACAGCAGGGCUGAAUAAAUGCUUGUUGAACCCGUUUCCUUGCUGUGUGUGGAGGCCAGUUGCUCUCUGGCGUGGCUGCCCUUCAUGGCUCCAUCCUAGCCGGCCCCCGAGGAGCCUGAGGCGGGAGCCGGGCACCCAGGG